CUCACGUGUGCAGUUGGGAUAUUGGAGGACUGGAAUAUCACGAUUCGGUCCUCCUGGUCGUCCCCACCCCGUCCCUGUGGUACAGUACUUUACUCUCGUCUCUGUUAUACAUUCCCCCUACAGCUCCUCUCGGUCUGCUGUAGAGGAUUCUCAAUUUCCUGACGGUCUCAACAGCUUUUCACAAACUCAUCAUGGAUUCAUAGAGGAACAAGGAAGAGGACGGAGGAUUGCUGCAGCCCAGCUGUCCCUCUGGAGACGUGCUUGAUUGAUCUCAGCAGGUUUAAAGGGUAGUGUGCGGACCACAGCAUAGAGAGGAUGGGUAAGAGGCGCUGUGUCCCCCCACUGGAGGCCAAGCUGACAUCCAGCUGCUGCAGGGUGAAGAAGCCCAAGCUGUGUGGGAGUGGCCACGGGACCCCCCCAGGCUCCAGCUCCAGCCUGGGCCCCAACCCCCAGCAUGGGGUGGAGGUGGGAGUGGGCGGCGGUGGAGGAGGUGGAGGGAGCUCGAACCUGGGGAACCAGACUCCCCCGCUGGCCCGGAUUAACCCGGGUCCGGUGGUGCUGAGCCCACUAGUCCGCAGGAAUGGAGUGGGAGGCUAUGGGCGCACCCUGGUGGUGAGUGCCGAGAUGUGUUUCUACUGCUUCGAUGUGCUGCACUGCCAUCUGCUCGGGUACCCACAGUCCUGCCUGCCCCGCUUCACCAAUGAGUCCUACCCCCUGUUUGUGACGUGGAAGACGGGCCGGGACAAGCGUCUCCGCGGCUGCAUCGGGACUUUCUCCGCUAUGAGCUUGCACUCAGGACUCAGGGAAUACACUCUAACUAGUGCCCUUAAAGACAGCCGCUUCCCUCCGAUGACCCGCGAGGAGCUGCCCAAACUCUUCUGCUCCGUGUCUCUGCUCACCAACUUUGAGGACGCGGCCGACUAUCUUGACUGGGAGGUGGGAGAGCAUGGAAUCCGGAUUGAGUUUGUGAAUGAGAAGGGGAUGAAACGUACAGCCACAUACCUUCCUGAGGUGGCCAAGGAACAGGACUGGGACCAGAUCCAGACUAUAGACUCUCUGCUGAGGAAGGGAGGCUUCAAAGCAGCCAUAACCAACGAAUUGAGGAAAACUAUUAAACUGACACGGUAUCGCAGUGAGAAGAUGACCAUCUCGUACUCAGAGUACCUUGCCUCCCGUCAGCACUGCUAUCAGAACGGGGCUCUCCACUCCUCGUCGCUCUUCAACCAUUACUCCUGACACCAGUCCACCUGCUCAGCCCCGCCCACUGGGCGCCACUGCCACCUACGACAUCAUCGGUGCUGAUGGAGGCAAUAAUGCUUAUGAUGUCAUUGGUGGUGCUGCCAGCACCUCAACUUGGUCCAGCUAUUUUUAUUACUGCACUAUAUUGUGAUGCCAGCUGGUGACUCGAGUGAGAGAGAAAAAAAAAAAAAAAACUCCCUCAGCAGAUCUCACAGAAACAAAUCUGGUACAGAGAGGCUAGCGCCUCUUCCACUCGGACGCAUGUGACCCCACUACUACUAAAUUAGAACCCCUCUUGACAUCAUUUUGAUAGCCUGUAUGAGCUUCCCUGAUAUAUAGUCUGCAUAUCUCCUUCAAUCAGUACCAGUGGUGUGCUGAUGAUUCAGAUUGUCUUCUUAUACCUGUGAAAUCUUACAACACUGCAAUGUAACCCUCAGUGUUUUACCCAUCUGUCACAAUCUUGAUUGGAAAUCGGUAUUCCAGUACUGCAUAAAGACUUCCCCAAAGCAGACACUUUAAUACAAAAUGGGAAAUAUUAUCACAUUUUGUAGGAAAGCCAAGAAUCUUAAUUGCUGGUUUUAAUUUAAAAAAACAGAAAUGCCCAGAGCUCUCCCUUUAUAAUGCGAUCGUCGGAAGCCAUACAUAUGAGACCAUGCUGUUUGUGUUGCGCCUUAUAACCAGAAUGAAAGUGCUAGUGGAAUGGCAAUUAUGGGGCAAAUGGGAGCUACCACAAUGCCGCCUGGUUCUGUGUUACAAAGAGCUGCCUUAUAAAGGGAAACCACUGGAAUAGUACAUCUGAAUGAUUUGCACUUUCUUACCUUCUGUGCGUAACUCCCAACAUUCACUAAGGAUUUACUCAAUUUGUUUCUAAAUGGAUCAGAGUGUUUGCAAAACUUUAAAUAAAUAAUCCUGUGUUCAUUCAAGGAUCCCGAUGUA